CAAUCUUCGCUAGUUCGCUUAAAUCUAUCACCAUAUAUUUGUGAACAGGAAAUUCUAGUUCCGAUCUUGUUCUCGUCACCAUCCUCCGAUUACUGCUUCUCAAUUCUCAUCACAAUUUCACCUCCCCUCGCCGCUCUCCAGGCGACCAGGCGGGCCGUCGCAAACGCGCACCUUCCUCCCGGCCCGCCGUUCGCUUCGAGGUUUCACGCACCAAAAUCCUCUUCGCCUGACCACGCAGCCGACCACAUCUCCAGCGCCCCCCCCCCCCCCCACCCUUUCCGCCGAAGCAUCUCACCUCGAAUUCUUCUCCCGAAGUCGCUGUCCUCCCCCUCCUCCAGGCGUGGAGUGUAGAUCCAUCCGGACUCAAUUGAUUUCUUCUUUUCUCGGCUCUUGUUCUGCUCUUCGCGGUGUCAUUGCUAGACAAGAUGGUUUCCUUCGAGAUGAAUGACCUCAAGAAGAUUGGGCUCGGCCUGACAGGCUUUGGAAUAUUCUUCUCCUUUCUGGGAAUCAUUUUCGUCUUUGACAAGGGGCUCAUUGCAAUGGGCAAUAUUCUUUUCCUAUCAGGUUUGGGUUUGACAAUCGGUCUGAAAUCAACUAUGCAGUUCUUCACGAAGCCUAAGAAUUACAAGGGUACAAUCUCAUUUGGUGCUGGCUUUUUCCUGGUUCUCAUCGGGUGGCCCUUUUUUGGCAUGCUCUUAGAGGCAUAUGGCUUUAUUGUACUCUUCAGUGGAUUCUGGCCAACGCUUGCAGUGUUCUUGCAGAGGAUUCCUAUCAUUGGCUGGUUUUUUCAACAACCGUUUGUGACAUCGUUCCUUGACCGCUACAGAGGAAAAAGGGUUCCGGUCUAGCAUCCUUGCUCUAUGUUGUGAUGUAGCAAUUGAUGGUUUUUAGCAACAGUACCAAAAGGUUUUUUUUUUGGCCAGUGUUUGCCCCUUAGUUUUUCGUUACAUGUGUACUUAACUGAUAGGCCUGCUCUUUGUAAAUCACAACCCCGAACCCAGGCUCGACGGUUUUGUCGAGGCCAAGAUGCAAUUUCAUCUGUGAAAUGGAUUGUGGAACAUCUGAAGCUA